AUGGCGUCAAAAAAUGAAAAUAUUUUGAGUAAUAGUACGGAGCCUAUGGAUGAUGACAAGUCUAGUAUUCCUGCAGAAGAGAAUCAACAAUAUUCAGAAAGACCUAGACCUGGUUUAGCUGGUCCCAUGAACUUAUCAGUUUGUAUUGGGUUCAUUUUAAUGUGUCAUACAAAUACACCAUCUGAUGAACAUUUUUCUGUUGAUACUAAUAGAAUAGUAGAUAUGCUUUCAACAAACAAUGCAGAUAUUGAUGAUGAAAUAGAUCGAUUACAAGAAUUUGCAAACCAAAACCUUUUGAAUUUGUAUACUUGUAUUAUUAAUCAAAAUGAAAAAAGAUUUUACAAUAUGAAUGCUACGUCAGUAGAAGAAAAUCAAACAUGGUCCCGUGUUUGUCUUGUAUUUGACAAAAAUAAUCAUAGUUUUUAUGUUUUCUAUGUACGUGAUAAUAACGAAAAAAACCAUACAAUGUUCUCAAUGGAUGAUACACAUAUUUUAAAAUUAUUCGAAAAUUCAGUAGAAGUUUAUACGUGGCCAGGUGACUUUGCCACAGUAAAACAGAUAUCUGAUCAAGAUAUAUCAAUGACUGAUGAAGGAAAAAUUUCAACUUCUCCAAUAGACUACAAUAAAGUUAACCGUGAAAAGCAAUCAGAAAUGAUAUUGAACGCUUCAGGUGCAUGUAAUUUACUCAUUCAAAAUAUACAAAACCUCAUCAAUUAUAUUGGACCUCAACUUAAUAAAUAUCAAAUUCCUGAUCAACACUUGAUGAUGUUACCAAACCCUAUUCGUGAAGCUCUUACUUUUCAGAUGCAACAAUUAUUAGAAAUUUCAGACUUAGCGGUAGACAUUUUCACAAUUAAUCGUAAGGCAUCAACUUCAGUAGAAAGUGAUGAUGCUAGAAAUAUUGUUUUAAAUGAAUCAUCAAACAAUCAUGAACAAGAUAUUUUGUCCAAUGACCUAAUCCUUACUCAAGCAUCAGUACCAAACACAAAUAAUAAUUCCAAAAAUAAAAUCAAUCUAUCUAAACUAAAAUUAGUUAAUCAACCAACACGAUGUUGGCAUCAUCGUAAUUUAGAGGAAUUACGUGAUAAUCGUUGUCCAGCAGUUCAUGUUGAAGGACAUGGACAACGCGCAUCUUUACAAUUACAAUUUCCAGAGAAUAUAAAAGAAUAUAAAGAAGAAAUAUUGACUUUCAAAAUGAUUAAUUUAUAUCAAAACAAUGUUAUCACCAAAACAUUAAUCAAAAAUAAAAAACUUAAAUGGUGCCGAUUAAUGUUUGCUAUUUACGUUAAAUUAACUAAUGGUCAAUUCGAAUGUGUUUCUUCACCAAUAUUUUCAGACCUUAUUAAAGAAACUUAUGGUGCUCAAUCAGUUAAAAUUGACAGUGUUUUUCCAAGUAAACUUUGUGAAAGAGGUGGUCAAAUGAUCUUUGUUCCACUGAAAACAACAGAGGAAAAGCACAACUUAGAUAUAAAAUGUAAUGAUAAAGAACUUAAUGAUAGUGGUUUUCAAAUUGCUGGAACAAUUUUAUCAUUUGAAUCACCCGUAUGCAUGCAAGGUAGUGAGAAUCUUCACGUAAUUAUACAUAGUAAAAAUACUGAAAAUCGAAUUGAUUUUACAUUGCCAUAUCAUAAUCAUGACAAUCAUCCUGACCCAUGUGGAGUGGUUAAUGAAGACUAA